AUGGCUAGUUGGUUGAAUGACAUCACCGAGGAGGUUCUUCGUAAUGACCUACACUCGUUGAUGCAGACCACCCCGGAUGCUAUACAUGUGAUCAACCGUCUCUACGAGUAUCUCGGAGGUUCUGAAGUCAAUAAUAAUAAACGACGUAAAAUCAGCUCUGAGAGCAACGGCGGCAGUGGCGAACAAGAAAGACUGGACUUCGGACCACCACCGACAAUCAGUGGCAGUGGAGGGAACGUUAUUAACAUUGAAAGUCCGUUAAACCCUGAAGAGAUUAUUUUUGACAUACAACAAGUAAGUUUCUGGUCACCGUUAAGAAAGAAACUUAAUUUGACGUUUCAUUUGAUUGAAUUCAAUGGAGCUCCUACGCCUAUUCUUUCUAUAGUGAAUCCGUCGACUAUGGUUCCUGAGUUUUCACUCUUUAAUCUUUCACAAGCAGUCCGUUUGUGUGUCAUAUUACCAAUAUUGGGGAACUCCACCAACCCACAGAAGAAAAACGUGGUAUCUUUAUGUUUUUGGCUUGUGGAUGGUUUGGAUCCCAUUGUGCUACAGGUCAAUCUUGACCAGAUCAAGAAGCAACUGAUCAAACAGGGCAAAAUCCCACCUAACAUUGAAAAUAGUCUUAAUGGGAAGACCACAGAAGACGACAAUAAUCCUUUAAAACUAUCACCAGUUCAAGAUUUAAUAAUGGACUACUUUGUAAGACAGUUUCAACUUAUUGGGAUAGACUUGGUGAAUUAUUUACCAUCAUCAUCAUCUGCGUUGUUCUCUAAUAAAUAUGUUCUUAACACCGACAACGCCAUAGCCAUGUCUACCAAGGAGAACGCUUCAAGUAUGGUCAUCAUUGAGGCUCAUAAAGGUUCCAAAGAUGGUUCCUUGGUGUGUUUGGCAGCCAAAGGUGACAGUCCAGCAUAUAUGAUCUUUGGGUUUAAAAAGCCUAUCAUGAUAUUUGAACGAUCAGAGAUAAUGUCUACAUCUUAUGCCAAUAUCACCAAUAAUACUUUUAGUAUUAUAAUAACUGUUUCUGUUAAUGGCGAGGAAAAGACCAUUGAGUUUGGUAUGAUUGACCAGAAAUAUCACCAAGUGUUGGAUGAUUUUAUCAAGAAUGAAGGCAUCAAUGACGACUCUUUUAACGAUGAUCUUCGGGAGAAAUCAGAGAAGGAGCAGCAAGCACAAGCACAAGCACAAGCUGCGGGAGAAGGAGAAGGAGAAAGAGAAGGAGCAGCUAACGAACCAACGGGUGCUCAUGGUGCUGUUGGUGCUGCUGAUGAUGAUGACGAAGAGGGGGAUGACGAUUACCACAGUGGCCUUGAAGAAGAAGAAAGCGAUGUGGCCGAAGAAUACGAUAGUGACCAUCAUUCAGACGAUGCACACGAUAAGGGCAAUGAAUCAGAAGACUUUGAAGUCGUUGAAAUCAGCAGUGACGAAGAGGGAGUAGAUAAAAUAAAAGAAGCAGAAGAGGAGCAACCUACUUCAGAGACAGAGACAAGUCCAGAAGGCUUCGUAUUCACCAAAGCCACAGAGUCAUAA